CCGACUGGGCAGGACUGGGUGCGGCAGCUGGGCCAGGCCCGCCCCUCCUCCGGGCCCGGCCUCCGCCCCGCUCGCGCUAUUUGAGGACGGGAGAGGCAGGAGCGGGGCCAGCCGUGCCAGCUCGCUGCGGAGAUCCGAGACCUGCGAUCGGAGACCCGAGACCCGAGACCCGAGACCCGAGAUCCGAGACCCGAGACUCACCAUCAUGGAUUCUCUGUUGGAAGCAAAUGGCACCUUUGCCAUAAGCCUGUUGAAAAUUCUGGGUGAAGACAGCUCGAAAAAUGUGUUUCUUUCACCUAUGAGCAUCUCCUCUGCCCUGGCUAUGGUCUUCCUGGGAGCAAAGGCAACCACUGCAGGCCAGAUGGCUCAGGCACUCUGUUUCAAUAAAUGUGGCGGCGAUGGAAGUGAUGUUCACCAGGGCUUCCAGUUACUUCUUGAUGAAAUCAAUAGGACAGGCACCAACUACCUGCUGAGAACGGCCAACAGGCUCUUUGGGGAAAAGUCUUAUCAAUUCCUCUCAUCUUUUAAAGAUUCCUGCUAUAAAUUCUAUCAAGCGGAGAUGGAAGAGCUCAACUUUACCCACGCUGCAGAGGAGUCCAGGAAACACAUCAACUCCUGGGUGGCCAAGAAGACAGAAGGUAAAAUUACAGAGAUUCUGUCUUCCGAUGCAUUGAACUCAAGCACAAGUCUGGUUCUUGUGAAUGCCAUCUACUUCAAAGGAAACUGGGACACUCAGUUUGACAAAGCGAGAACCCGUGAGAGGCCAUUUAAAGUCAGCAAGAAUGAGGAGAAACCUGUGCAAAUGAUGUAUAAGAAGUCUACUUUUCAAAUGACUUAUAUAGGAGAAAUAUUCACCAAGAUUCUGGUGCUUCCCUAUGUCAACAAGGAGCUCAACAUGAUCAUUAUGCUUCCAGAUGAACACAUUGACUUAAAAACGGUGGAAAAGGAAAUUACAUAUGAGAAGUUUGUGGAAUGGACAAACCCAGACAAGAUGGACAAAGAAGAGGUGGAGGUUUACCUCCCUCGAUUUAAACUGGAGGAAGAUUCCGACAUGAAGGAUGCCCUUUGCCGUCUGGGCAUGACCGACGCCUUCGAGGAGGCCAGGGCAGACUUCUCUGGAAUGUCCUCCAAGAGAGACCUGUUUCUGUCCAAGGUCGUGCACAAGUCCUUCGUGGAGGUCAAUGAGGAGGGCACGGAGGCUGCGGCCGCCACUGCGGCCAUCAUGAUGAUGCGUUGCUUGCACUUCACGCCUUCCUUCUGUGCCGACCACCCCUUCCUCUUCUUCAUCCAGCACUGCAAGACCAGUGCCAUUCUGUUCUGUGGCCGCGUUUCCUCUCCAUGAAGACAGCCCCACCUCGAGCGGCCCUCCUUUGCCUCCCUUUCUUGUGCCCCACCCUUCCUCUUUCUCCGCCAUGUGCCUGUGACCCAAGUGCCUUUAUCCAUGCAACCCAGCAGCUCAGAAAUAAAGCCCACUGUGGGACUUAUUUCCCAA